AUGCCUUUAAGUCAGGCACUUCUUCUUGAAAUGGUUGAGUCUCGCAGAAGCUAUGGUAAUGCGGAAUCCAUGUUACCCUUUCAAGCACUCUACCUUGUAGUUUUGUUUAGGAAGCAAGACAGGAUCGCGGCUGGAACUUCAGAAAAACGAAAGCCUCGCCAAAAAGUGAAGCGUACCCAGAAACGUCUUACGCAAAGUCUUCAUAUUCCGUUGGUGGAUGGCUACGCUAUCAAAGAUGAGUCAGCCAAUAACGGAAGUGAAGAUACGAGCAGGGAUGAAUUACACGGAUACGUACAAGCAAAUAAUGAGAAAAAUUCUGGCUCUCCAAAAGAACCACAUUUUCUGGAACUACCUCCGCAAACAAAAGAACUAGGUCAGGAAAGUAUGAGAGAUGGAGAUGAGGUAGUCCAGAAUAUUCCGGUCGACGCAGGCGCUGAUGUAAUAGAUCAGAAAUGGGAGUGCAACCUUAGAGAGCGGAACCAGGAGAUUUCCGAGAAGUUGCCGCUAAGCGGAUCCGUUGCUGAUAAACAAGACGAAGUUUGCAGCGAUUUAGCCAAAUCGGGUCCAGUAAUGGAUAAAAAUGAAGCUGAACUAAAAUCGAGACCGCCUCAAGGAUUUCACAAUGAAUCCACUACGGAUGUGGCCUUGUCAGUGGGUCCCGCUUCUUCCAAAGGUGGUACGAGCAUCGCACAAGACAGUAAGAUCACAAGCUGUGCUGUUCGCAAUGACGUCGAGCUUGUGGACACUGAAGUGACGGAUUUUCGAAUGUUUAUGGAGAAAGGGGAUAGUGGAAUCGUGGAAGAUCGUUCACCAGUAACAAGAAAAUCCGACAAUCUACAAAAACUUCAAACUGAUUUCAUUGACAGUAAAACUGGAACAGCUACGAGAGAUGACGUUUCAAAAAUGGAACUGCACGGUGGACAUCAUACCUCAAUACUACCUCCUGGAAAGUUUGCCCAUAGUUAUGAAAAUCGCAAGUCGUCUACAAGUACUCGAAUCAAAGAGGAUCCAAGAUGUCAUGUAAGAUUUGAAGAAAGCAGCUCACUGCUAACAGUAAUUAAACAAAGCGAGAAACAAGGAGCUACUUUUACGACUAUGGAUGAAAAUAAAAUAGCUCUACAAUACUCUGAAACUAGCGAAGUAUCACACAUUUUUAGAAAUUUUGACAGCGACCGUAAUUGUCUGACAGUUUUGGCGGAAAAGACCAUCGAACAUACAAGGUUGAGUAAAACUGUGGGAGGACUUCAACCGAAAUCGAAGAAGCACAAGGAAAACAAAUCCACGAGAAGCAACCAGGAAUUGCAGCAGGAAUAUUUAGGACACGAAAGCGGCACCUAUGAGAGAAACGACGAAUUCAGCUGUGCUUCGGAAGAAUUUGAUCAAAAAUCACAACCACCUAUCAUCACCUUAGACGAGAGAGAAAAUACUCAUGAAAUAACCAAAAUUCCCCCAUAUAACAGCGAAGAGAUUCGUAGAGGAGGUCCCAUCACGAAGAACACAUCCAAGUCCAUAGACGAGGCACAAAUCGUCGAACCUUCUUCUAGCGAUGCAAAGUUGAACGCGAGGAAAACGGACAACAGUGAAGGGUCAACAGAAGUCUAUAGCGAUGGUUCCUACACAGAGGCUAUGACAGGGAACCAGGAGCCAGGAGUAGAAGGCAGAAUCAAGGAUUCUUUGACGGAAGUCCAAUCUCAACAUAAAAACAAAAUGAACUUCAAACCUGCAAAAGGGUACUCUAGCAAGAAAAAAGGGAGGAUUAGUGAGCACCACUGCAACCCAAUCGAUCCGCACGAGAAAUCCCUUCUCGCGCCAAAACUCAAGGAAGAACACGAGGUCAGUGAUGAUCAGAACUCUGCGGCAGAGACGCGCUACCUCAAAUCAAAGGGAGAAGCCUACUACACAGAAACUUCACACAAAUACGAAGUCCAAGAAGUAGAGAAAACCUGUGACAUUCGUAACUACGUACCUGAGGAUCGGGGUUCAAAAUCCCACUCUGAAUUAGGAAAUGAGGUCUAUUUCGCAGAAUCGGCAAGCAGAUACCGGAUCGAUAAACUUGAGAGGAGUCGCGAUCCGAGUACCACCACUUCGAGAGAGGAUGGUUCCAUAUCAAAACCAAUCGAUGCUGACAAAUUGCAAGUAAUCUACAAGGAAGAGGAUGGAGGUCCUGUAUGGAACUCAGCGAUAGAGAAAGGUUCUAAAAUAAGAGAAAAAGUCAACUGCGCGAAUCCCGUUGAGUCAGCCGGGCCGAAGUUAGAGGAAUGUCAUUAUGGCCGGAACUCAACUGAGCUCAAGGAUUCUAAUAAAUCAUACGAAAUUAACGAUUCUUCACAGUCUCCGAUUAAGUGUGGGACUCACGAAGAAGAGAACAAUUCAUCUAUGAUUGAACAGGACCCGGAAUUCGUAAAUUCGAUGCAUCCCAAAGAAUCCACCGCUACUUCGGGAGAUGAUAUGAAUGAAAACAACCACAAUGUAUGCAUCUCUGUGUCAGAGCAAGGUGAUUCUAAAUUCCAGAAACAGACUAACACUUCUGAAAGCCCAGAUACCAACUGCUCUACUUCAAAGCACUUUAAUUCCAUACCUGUAUGUCAUCUCCGUACGGAUACGGAAUCCACCGCUGAAGAAGUUUUGGGAGUUGAUAUAAAUGAAAGCAAUGACGAAAUACCUACGGUAGUAGAGAUUACAAAGAGUACCGGCGACUCUUGCAGCUCUGUAUCGGAGAAACAGCUGUCGAAAUUAAACCUGAAGGUUCGCUCUACAGAAGCUGCCGUUAGAUCCAGGUUCCUUAAAGAAAUGGAUAGUCAUAACGUAUGUUAUUUAACAGUGGAAGAGUAUUCCAAAUCAGGAGAAAAGAUCCAGUUUGCAAAGGAUUCAGUUAGCUUAAGAGUGAAGAAAAAAGAAGGAAAAAGUGAUGAUUGCAACUAUGCAGAGGAGGGACACCGUUUAAAAACAAAGGAUCCAACUGCGGUCGAAAAGGAGGAAGAAACCCGUUUCAGCUCGGCAAUGACUUAUCAGGAUUCAGAGGAACUAUAUAAUCCCGUAAAGGUUUCAUCCACGGAGAGAAAAGGGAGCCCUAGUGAUGCUUUUAGGUCAGCGACGGAUGAGCAUGACUCCACACCACCAGGAAAAUUGUAUUCUGCAGCGGAAACCAAUGUUACCAUCAAAUCCGAGCUCUAUAAGGAUGAGAGAAGCGAUGAUGUUAGCGCAGUUCCCUCAGAAGAGGUGGUUUCCAAAAUUAUCGAAGAGACCGGCACCAAAAUGACUGUAGCAAGGGAGAAAGAGGAGGGACCUCAGAGGAGGGAUAGUGCUAAGUUUUUAGAAGAUCAACAGCUUAAGGCAGAAGAGAAAACCCGUUUCAAAGAACUCUCCGUUGACUCCGAACUCAACGAAGCGGAUUCAAUACGUGAUGGUCGCAAGCACCACUGCUUUAAACCAGGAGAAAAGAACGAAAUCGGGGAGAAGUCUAUAAAAAUGGAGAAGAAUAAGGAACAUUCUGCUAUGUCAGCAACGAGUGAGCUGAAUCACCGAUACCGCAGUUCAAUGGAGGAUACGUAUUCCGGAGGAAAAACAAACGUUAAUGUUAAGUGUGAAGUCCAAGAAACCGGAACGAGCCGUGGUGGCCGCAAUUGUCCGUCAAAAGAGCCGGAUUCUACAUCAAACGAAAUUGCCUAUCCUGGAAAAAUCCCAGUUAAAUCCGUAAUUCAUAAGGAAAACAGCGCUUAUGAUCGCAGCUCAAUCGCGGUUAAGAUGAUUAAACAAGACUCCAUUUCUGGAGCCCAGAUGUGCGCUAAAGAAUCUUCAGAACAAAACAGCGAUGGUCUACGUACCUCUACUAUGAAUGAGCCAGAUACCAAACCUACAGUACAUACCAACAUCAGAAAAGCUACAGUAAUCGAGAAAGAUGAGGCACAGCAUGACACUGCCGGCUUAGUGACAAAGGAACAGGAUCCUAGUUCAAUAAAAGAAAUCCAUUCCGCAAAAGUUCUUGUGGAUAUCGAAGUCAAAAGUUCGAAAGAGGUAAGUGUUAAACAGAACCAUCAAAUUUUCAAAUCAAAAGACAAAAUCAGUGGCGGAAAGUCGACGAUAACCGAGAAGGAACAGAAAAGCUACGAUUGUCACAGCUCAGAAGCGAAGGGGCGAGAAUCAAAAUCAGGAGAAAGGACAUGUUCCUCAAAAAAGACAAAUGCUACCAUCACACAAGAGGUGGACCGAGACGAGUGGGACCCUAAUAGUUGCGAUUCAACACCGGAAGACCAAAGCGACAAAUUGGUCGAGGCUCAGAUUCAUUUCACAGAAUUUCCCGUAAAUCUAGGAAUCGAUAAAGACGAGAGAGACAGCAUCCCUCGUAUUGUGACUUCGAAGGAGCCCAAUUUCAACUACAUAGAUGAAAGCUGUGCCCUCAAAAAUCAAGUAAGAAAAAUGGUAGAAGAUGGACGUGAUAUCCGCCGCUCUCCACUUGAGGACCCUCCUUUCCAACUCCAAGAUCGUCAACACUCCCAACAUCCAGCCAAACUCGUUUUCGAAAAAGCAGAAGAACAAAGCUGUGAUUCUCCUACUUCCACAAAGGACGUCCAGGAUUCUAAACUAGGCGAACAGUGCAAAAAAGAAAUUCCAGCACUAAUGGAAGAAAGGAGCCACGACUCGUGCAUUUUGACAUCGGAGAAGCAGAAAUCAAAAUCGAAGAAAAUGAUCCAUUCCACAAAAGAUUCUGCUAAAUGUGAUAUCCAUAAAGAAAUUGUGAAUGAUAAUGAUCAUACCUGUACAACAAUGGAGAAAGGUCCCAGGUCAAGAGGAAAGACCCAAUCCUCUGAAGCUUCAAUCAGCUGCGUAAUCAAGGAAAGAGAAAUGAUAAAUGCUUGUAGCAAUCAUGCAGCAAUAGAACAAUAUUUGAAAUUAUCAGAGCCCAUAAAAACCGAAAAAAUCAUAGCGAUUGAAAAGAAGGAGGAAAACCACACUCACCACUGCACACCGGCAAAAGUUCAGGAUUUGGAACCGAGGAAAGAGAAGACUGCAGAAGAUUUUUCAAUUCAAAGAAAGGAAGAAUGUCGUGAUAGUUUUACAUCCACGAUCAAUGAACAAGGUUCCAAUCCGGAAAAAAAGAAGUGUUCUGCAGGAAAAACAAAUGCAGCUAUGAAACCUGGAAGGAAGAAAGAUCCAAGUACUCAUGCUGUUUGUGCUUCUACUUCCAGAGAACUCACUCCCAAAAACGGUGAAGAAACCAAAAACAAAAAGCCUACAACAAUGGAGAAAGACGAAGGAUGCUCUGAUACUAGUAGAUCGGCGACAGAAGAGGAAAAAACCGAAUCAGGAGAAAAUUCUGUCCACUGCGAAAAACCAUUUUUUAAGGCAGACAUUAAGAAGGAGGAAGUAACCAAUGAAAGCCGCUUCUCAGACGAUCUUAAAUCUAUAGCAAAGUCAAAAACAAACACUAGGUCCAAAAAAUCUAUAAAAAUAGGGAAGGAGGAGAGAAGUAACAAUUGUGCCAAUUCAGAAGCGAAACAGCCACGUCCAAAAUCUGGAGGAAUCUCCGAAGCAAGAGUUUUUCCCAAAGUAAAAACCCAAUCGGCAGAUCGUUCAAUCAAAUCUGAAUAUCCACACCAUGAAGAGGGAAACUCUGAUGAUCACAAUUCAACAAUGAAAGCACAAGCUUCCAAAUCCGGAGCUCUAACGCUUUCCAGUGGAUUUACUGUCGAUGCAGGAAUCGAUGAGAACGAGAAGAAUCGUGAUGAUAACAAUACUUCUACUUCUAAAGAGUUCAAGUCAAUUUCCAGUAAACAGAAUCAAACAGUCAAUAAGGACACGAAUCCUCAGAAGCGUCGAGACUCAACGGAAAAGCACAGCAAAGACUUCAAACCAACAACAUAUAGCGCGACCGAAAAAUCCACAAAAUCCACAGAACGGGAAGAGGAUUAUCGCUGCACUCAUAUGUCAGCAGUGCCAGAAUCUUCCACCAAACACAGAACUCACGAAAAGAAGCGAAGUGAUGACGACCGUGACUUAAAUGAGGAUUUCCCUGAUUUCAAAGGUCAGGAGCUUUUCACAGAAUCCAUCCUUAAACCAGGCGCGGAAGAACACCAUUCGAUUUCUGUAGAUCAAAUCAAUUUUGGUGAACAUUUGAUCACACUUACAUUACCGAUAGGAGAAAAACACUAUCGUCAGCAUUCUGCAUUGGAAAAGCAGAAUCCUAAAAUAAGCGAGCAGACUUCUAGUGGAAUGUCUGGAAUGAUACAAAAGGAAAAAAAGAGACAUCAUUCUUCCACUACAACGGUGAAGGAGCACGAAUCAAAACUACGAAAAGACGUUCAUCCAGAAAAAUCUGCAAUUAUAUGCACAUCUCAUGAAGAAGGAGGAACCAAUGAAGAUCGAAACGCUACAAAUUCAGGAGAGGACUCCGAAUCCAGAACAACCACGGAUAUCGCAAAAGACUCUGUCAAUUCCAACAUUAGGAAGGGAGAAGAAAUAAUUGAUUUUUGCACCAAUAUAUCGUGGCAGGAACACUGUCAAUCAAGACAUCAGGAAGGUGCAGAAAAGAAUCCGUUAACAACAGACCAGAGACAUCCUGGCGGACAUAGAUCAACAAAUGAUCAGCAAGAUUUGAAUCCAGAAGAAAGGACGCGUUCCAUAGAAGAAGACGCGUUUAUAUUUGGAAUACGAAGCCAUAGUGAUUCUAGCUCGACACCAAAAGAGCAAGUCUUCGGAUUCAGAAGGGAAACUGAUCUCACAGAAUCUAACGCUAAGGAGGGAACAAAUGAAGAAACUAGUAGUUGCAAUGCUGAAGUUAUGUCUUUGAAAAAGCUUUCUUCGAAAUCCAAAGAACGUAAUAACAGCGAAAAAGCCGACUUUGCUGGGAAAAAGAAGGAGGGACACCACGAUUCUGGUAGAAGGGAGACGAAGGACCAGGAUAGCAAACUAAGAGAGAAAGCCCAUUCCCCAAGAAUUGAUGUUAACCUUGGAUUGAGCAAUUCGAGAGUUAUUGGUCUCAGUAGCGAAUUUCAGGAUCUUAAACCGCGAGAACAAGGAAGUAGCGAAAUUUCUACGAUGAUGGAGAAGGGUCGGGGACGGGACAAAUCUCUUUUCUCGGAAGCGAAGGAACAACACCCCAGGAAAAGAGAAAAGAGUUAUUCUACAGAAAAAACCAACACCGUCGACACCAACUCCGGAAUUGGCAAAGAGAAAAGAAACUGUGAUGCUCAGAUCUCAACUUUAAAAGAAUUCAAGUCGAAUUCGGAAGAACAGGGCAAAGAUGACAAAAAUCCAGUACCUGAGAAAGAAGAGAAUGACCGUGGUCCUUUCAGCUUUACACCGGCGGAGACUCGCCAUAAAUUUUCAGAUGAAUUUCAUUCCGAUGAACAUCCGACUGGACCCACAUCCAAGAAAAAAGAAGAAAACCAUGUUACACAGAGUUCAUCAGCGAAGAAACGGGAGAUUAGGCCCAGAGAACAGAAUAGCAGUAAUAAUUGCACAGCAGUAGAGAGAAAACGAGGACAACGUGAUACUCGUAUUUCAGAGGCAAAUGAGGAAGCGUUCAGAUCAAGAGAAGAGACACAUUUUGCAGAAUAUCUCGACAGUUCAGGAGUUCACAAGGAAGAGGGGAACAGUGAUGAUUGCAGCUCAAUAGUGAGUAAGAAAGACGUGGGAGUCAGUUCUCAGACACAUCCUGCAGAAUUUUCCGCUGACUUCGAAGUCGACGAAGGCGAAACUAACAGCAACAUUUGUACGCUUACUUCGAAAGAGUGCGAUUUUAAAUUUGUAGAACAAACCGACACCAAUAAAGCAACAGUAAUAGAACAGAGAAACCAUUAUAGUGGAAGGAUGGCGGCGAUGGAGCAGGACUUAAAACCAGGAGAAAUAUCCCGCCCCAUAAAAACUCCUAAUGCCCCAGGUAAUAUGGAAGAAGUGACAAGUAGUGAUCCUAAUUCAGCGAAGAAACGGAAUUCUGUGUCAAGAGAACAGAUCAGAGCUUCCAGAACUUCCACAGUAAUGCAAACGGAACAGGGGAGUCACGAGUCUCAUAAGACAUCGAUGUCGGAGCACGGGUCGAAAUCCGGAAACAAAAUUCAUCCCCUAGAAUCUUCGAUUAAAUCCGUAGUUGAUAAUGAGGAAGAAAACCAGGAUGCGCACACCUCUACAGUAGCGGAAGAAGAUUCGAAAUCAAGCUAUCCUGAAAGUAAUACAAAAAGAGGAGAUCGUGAUGCUCAUAAAUCAGCUGCAGAUAAUCAAUAUUCCAAGCCAAGAGAUUUUCGUACAUCAAAAGGAAGCAAGGAGGAAUUCAAAUCAGGAGGAGAUAAGUUUUUCCCAGAAGAAGGGAACACUAUGGUUAUAUCUGGAAUCGACAAAGAAGAAAAGAUCCAUAGGAGUUACGGUGACAGGGAUUCUAAGUCCAGAGGUCGAAUGUAUCCUAUUGAAUCUACUACUGAAUUUGGAUUCGAUGAAGGUGAAGGGAACAGUGGUUUUUGUAUCACUACGAAAAUCCUUGCUUCCAAUGCCGACAACAUUUCAGCAUUGGAAAAUCAGGAAGACUAUUAUUCCGAUAAUUCGUCGACAGAAAUGCGACGGAAGGAUUCGAGAUCAAGUGGAAGCUCUGAAACCGUAGGAAGUAAGACUAAAAAUUCUGAGAAUAACGGCCUAAGCUCUGCUCGGGAGGUAGGGUGUAGAUCAUCGUCCACUGCCGUAGGUGCAAGUUGCGAAGACCACUCGAACUCACUCAAUGAGGUUAUUCACGCUAGAAAGAAGGAGGGCACACUUCUCCACCUUUCUCAAACUGAUCCCAUCGCCGAGGAGAAAGCUGAAAAGCGAUUCGAGCAUUUAGACGUUCGUUUGAGCGUACCACUCAGCGUAGCACUCAGGGGAGCACAGAAGCACGUUCUGCCGCCUCCACCACCACCAUCACUUUCACAUCCACCACCAAAACAACCACCACCACAAGCACAUCCACCACCAUCACAUCCACCACCUUGUGAAACAUCAGAGAUUACAGAUUUGUCAACGAAGGAUGAAUCCAUGCAUUAUCACACGAAUAUCCAAAGCUAUUUCGAAAACGAGAAUAACGUCGUCAAUGUCGCAGCAAAGGAAUCGUUUGUUGAGUCGAAUCGAGUCGAGAUCCCUUCCAAUGAGUUCCUGGAUCAGCCUGAAGGAGAGGAGUCGAAACAACGCAAAGAUACUUCUACUUCCCUAAAGGUUUCGGGUACGAAUGACCAAAACCGCAUAGGAAAUACUGAAGAGGUGAUCGUGCGAGAUGCGGCAGAUGACAGCACUACAAUAAAGAAAAAUGAAUUCGGAUACAAUGCGACACGAUCCGUCACCAAAUCAACUGCUAAUUCUGUACCUGGUGAUCGGUUGACGCUUGCGAAUACUAUAGGAAAGAACAGUGCAACUGGAAUCCUAUCAGCGGCCGCGGAGGCGGUAAACAAAGAACAUUUGCAAGCUCCUAUAGAUGAAAAUGUUUCUGUCGAACAGCUCCAAUCACCUCAAUGUAAACAACCCGAUUCGGUUUCGAAAAGUCGGAGUAAUUCCGAGAAAUCAUCGAAGCAUAGAAAAUUCGCGUCGAAGCAAAGCGAUGAAAUUAAAACACUCACGGAAGGAGGAGAAGUGAACAAGGAAGAACUUCUACAGGAUGUCAGGUGUAAAGGGAGUGGUUCCAAUGAAUCGGAUCAAGAUGUUGGUGUAGAAGAGUUUAUUUUCAUAACGGGAGGCAGGGAUAUCAUCCCUAAUUCUGAAGAAGCUGAAGCAAACCUAAAUCUCACCCUUAGAAGCUCGAAACCCCCUCACUCAUCAGUCAGAUCCAGAACUCGAGAUGAACGUGAAGAACUAAAACAAUCGAAUCCAAACGAGAGUUCUUUGCAGGAAUCCACAUGUACCUCCUCUUCCGCUAACACUGAAAGGGCUGAUCGUGAAACUUCUCCAGAAUUUUCUCCUCACAUGCCUCCAACAAUCAGCGUGAAAAGCACAUUAAUGCCUUCUUCUGGUAAACCAACCGCCCCGAAUCAAGACCUUUUGGACGAGGAUCAGUUUCCUGGAAAAGGUGACAAUGUCAGUUUCAGUCCCAAUGAGGGUUCUAAUGUCUUCUUAAUUGAUUCAAAGACGGAACAUCCUCCGCUGCUCACAGUAGAAACCAGUGUUUCUUCAUCUGCUCCUGAGAAAUUCCCAAAUUCUCAUAAACAGCAGAAAAUCAAAACAAAGUCUUACGUUUCAAAGGAAACAGAAAAAUUAUUAAGAAAAAAAGCGAAAACGAAGAAAAAGAAUUCAACCUCUGCGGAAAGGAUUUCAAGCGAGAACAUUGCAGAAACAAACAGAGUGGAUUCUUCAGAGAACUUCAGUGUUUUAUCCUCGAAAAAUGAGCCCCUGAGUCAAGAGAGUAGGGGCAUUCAACUCGCAACAGAUCCUACAACCAAUUUGGAUAUUGGUGGUGGCCAGUGCGAAGACGUCGGUCCUACUGAAGAAUCACAGAGUGAUGUUGCUGAACAACAACGACAGAAGAACUCUCUGAGUCAACAGCAACAGCCAUGCGUCUCAAAAUCGAUGAAAAUCUCGGAGAUGAACUCAGAAGAGGAUUUCGCUCCACUAUUCUUACAAAGAACACAAAUCAUGAAGUGUGUGGAAGGAGAAGCGUUAACCGUGGAUGUGUUCCUUAAAGCAAGACCUCAACCAAAGAUAUCUGUCUACGUCAACGACCGCUACGUUACUUGUUGUGUCAAUCAAGUGGAACCUGUUAGCACACCUGAGCAUAACCUAUACAGUUUCACCUUCCCGAUCGAUUGUGUUCGCCCAGAGGACGGUGGUGGUGGUGGACAGCUUAUGUUCAAGGCGACAAAUCCGCUUGGGAUCGACGAGUGCACCACUUAUUUGCAGAUAGCUGAAAAACGGAAACCAAAAUUCUCCAAAUUCAAUGAAAAAACGCUUUUCGAACGGGAAUUUGAGGCAGCGGAAGUAAUUUGGUCCGUUACCGACAUGACUGUUGCGGAAGGUGGAACUGCAUGGCUCUACGGCAAAUUAUGUGGAUUUCCAGUCCCUGAAUUGAUAUGGUUAAAAAAUGGAGUGGAAAUCGACCAGGAACGUUCAGAAAGAAAAUAUCGAACGGAACUUAAAAGUGAUGGAACGUUCGCAUUGGAAAUCGCAAAGUGCACAGUGGACGAUGAAGAUGUUUACGAAUUGAUUGUGGAAAAUAUGGCUGGUGUUGACAGUUGUCUUUUCAAGUUAUCUGUAGAUGAUUCAGCGACCGAAAAAGAACAUCAAAAACAGCGAAGACAGAAGCAUGGUUUGAGGGACGAGGUAUUGUUAUCUGACAGUGAGAGGCAAGAGCCUAAGGGCCGAAGAGUGCGGAAGAUAGUGGAGCGGAAAAAUUUUAAUGUAUUAUCGUCGACACAGUCGAUUGCACCUCGGUUCGGUAGAGCGCUUGAAGACCGCGAGGCUACGGCUGGAGAAGUUGUUGAGUUGAAGGUAGAAAUACAUGGUGACCCCCAACCUUGUGUUUGUUUCUAUCGUAAUGGACGAGUAUUAUCUGGCAGCGAGAAGUGUGAAAUUCGUCACGUAGGCGAGAAUGUUAGUCAGCAUUACCUCGUUUUGAAGAAUAUCGAGGAGAAUGAGGCAGGCGAAUACGCUUGCCAUGCACUUAAUUCUGCUGGAGAGGCUUGGUGCUACUCAAAUGUCAUAGUUCGACCUUGUUUAGGGAGCACGGAUGAGCACAAAGAAACGCAACAACAUACGACACCAUCUUCAACCGUGGCACCAGAAAACUCAGUUGAUGAAAACAAAGACCAAAUUAAAAACGACUCAAAAUUGGAUCUGAGGACAAAGGUCGCUGCAAUCCAGAAAAAGUCUAAACGAGCAGGAGAAAAGAAACUUGAGGAACAAAAUGAAGAAGUAUCAGCGACAACGAGAAAUGCCGGUGUUAAAAAGGAAGUGAAGCCUCCUCACUCAAAUCACCAAACACAAGAAACUCCAUUAUCUCCAAACAGGGAUGCUUCAAUAAUGAACACUGCCUCAAAUCAGGCAAAUACUACCUCUUCUGUUCACGGUAGCAGUUCUAUCUCAAAUCCAGAGGUAAUUACAAACGUUUCGAGUGAUUCUAUAAUCAACAAAACCCGACUUAAAGAAGUCCAGAAGGAACAACUAGUAGAUGCAGCGCACUCUCCGAACGACCAAAUAUCGUCCUGGAAAGACCCACUGAAACCAGAAAAUGGGAAAGAUUCAACUUCGGAGCUUCAAGUUGAAGGAAACGAUGGUAAGGAGUCGACGAACCGCACCACCAACGCGUCCACGUCAGCUGUGUCCGCCGUUGCGUCCUCCACAAAGAAAAAGAAGAAGAUCCCAAAGGCACUAGUAAUUCCUUUCGAAAUAAGUUCUCGUUUCGGCGAUCCAAGUAUUCUGCACUCAGUAGCAAACAUCACGGCAAACAUCAAAGCUCCGGAAGGUGUAGCAGAAGCGAUCUCACCCAUAAAAGAGCCGAGAUCCGCGAGCAUUUCAGUCAAAGUUGGCAGCAUCCCGAAAACCCGUUCAAAGAGUGAAACUCGACAAGAUCCCUCGGUGGAGUUCACUUUCAAGCAGAUCUCACAAAGUCGAGGUCCUGAGAGUGGCAUUUCGCGUGGAGUGCCCGACCGUCAGACUGCUCAGUUGAAUCCAACUGAGGCCUUUGAGGUGGUAACUGAAGGAAAAGCAGUUGCAGAAAAACGAACAAAUCGUUCAAUAAACGGAAAACCGAAAUCGAUUGAAGCACGUGAACAUCGGGAUCAAACAGUGAGUGAAAAUACAACGAACCUGGACCGCAUGGAAAGUGAACAAGAGAAAGAGGAACUGCACAACGAGGAAGUAGUUACCAAGCAAAAGACGACACAGGAAAAUAGAAAUGAAAGUUGCACAGGAGUUCCAGAGGAGACUUAUACCCAGAGAAACCAAGCAACUACCGCCGAAUAUGCAGAACUCAAACAAGGAAGUGAGGUUAUUGCACUCGAAGACGUUACACCUAAGGAAGUGGAGCAGCGGAAGGAGCAAAAGAAAAAGGAGAAGAAAGAAAAACCUAAGAAGGAGGUCACGCCCCUCGAAGAGAUCAGACCAAAGGAAGAGGUGAAACAUAAGGAAGUGAAGCCGAAAGAAGAAGUCAAACCUCAAGAGAGAGUGGGGUCAAAGCAAGAGAUCAGCAAAAAGAAAAAAGAAGAAAAACCUCAAGAGAAAGUGGAGUCAAAGGAAGAGAUCAAUAAAAAGGAAAAAAAAGAAAAACCUCUGGAAGAGCCCAAGCCAGCCGAAGAAACCGAGAAUAAGGAGAAAAAUUUGAAGAAAGAUGUGAAACCUAAAGAAGGAAAGCCGAGAAAAGAAGUGAAAUUCAAGGAAGAGAAGCUGAAAGAUGAAGUGAAGCCAAAGCAAGAGGAUAAUAAAAAGAAGAAGAAAGAAGAAAGGAAUAAGGAGGGAGUCAUGAGUCAAGUAAACAAACAAAAUGAGACGGAUAGAGCUUCUGUCACGGAGAAAAAUGAUGGGCAACAAGAAAAGAUGGGGACUAUUUCGUGGACAGAAGCGGAAGCACACAGGCCAGACAAGGAUGGUAUCCUGUCCGUUUAUCAAGAUCAGUCAGAAAAUGAAUCUCGGAUGCUCGGAGAUGUUACAGCAUCAAUUGGCGCAUACGAAGACACAGCAAAUGAAGAUGUUAUUGAGAGCAUUGUGCUCCAAACAAAGAAAAGAAAAAAUUUUGAUAAACAAUUCGAGAAGGAAUAUCAAACGAGUGAAGAGGAAAAAAUGGAACAGAAGGAGGAAGAUAGAAUGAUAAUAAAAGGCGGAGAAAUUAGCAUGGAUGAGGAAAAAUUAGAAAGUGAGCAUACUGAGGAGUACACUGAAGCCUAUACAGUGGCUAUGCCAACUAUGAAAUGUGAACCAUCAGAAGAAAAAGCAGAGGAAACAUUCAUCGGUCAACUUGUAGAAAAAACUGGCAAAGAGAAAAACAAUAAAAGAGGAACAAAAUCGAAAUUAUCCAGAUCCAGAUUAAAGAAAGACUCAAUAUUAGAGGAGAUGGCAGGAGAGCCCGAAACUACCGAUGAAAAAAUGUCUUUGACAGCUCCAAUCGAUGAACGUUCUGCGAAUGUACCUGUUUCAGGUAUUCUGGAAGAAAAUAUAAAUAUCGUUUCUUUGCAAGAAAUUCUACCAACGAAAAUAAAUGAAAAAAUGACGAAUGAAAAUGAAAAUUGUCAAGAAUCGAUCAGUGAAGGGAAAUUUGAAGGCACUAAGAAAGCGAAGCCAAUAGAAAAGCUAGAGGAGAACAGCGAAGUCGGAUUGCCACCACAGAAGUGGGUCAAAUCCUCUGAUCCUGUGAAGGAAGUUUCCAGAACAGAUGGAGAAGUGCUUCAACUCGGCGGCGACAGUUUACCUCAACGGUUAAACCUCGGGGACGAGCAUCACACUACCACCAAGAGAUUUGAUCCUAGUUGUACUCUACGCUCGGACGGAGUCGCUGAAGAACCUGGAACUUCACAGAUUGUGGAUGUUUCUGAGAAAAACGAUAGUGUAGACCCAUCAAUUUCUGGAAGGGCAGCUACGGAAGAAACUGUAAAAAUAGUGAAGCAACUUGAACCGAAGCAGACAUAUAGGAAGGGAGAUACCGUAACCCUGAUGAUUGAGCUAGACAGGGAAACAUAUGAAGUAGAAUGGUACAAGGAUGGUGAACCCAUCCAAGUGAAUGAAAAAUGUUCAGUCGAAACCAACGGAGUGAUAUGCAAGCUUACGGUAGAAAAUGUGGACUCGACGGAUUCUGGGAAUUACACGAUCGUUUCAAAUGGAUCUCAAAGCAUCGCAAAAAUUUCUGUCUCGGAUGCACCUCGGUUCACCACGGAGGAGAUGGAGGAUGUUAUAAACGUCAAGAAGGAUGAACAUAUUUCAUUUAAUAUUCCGUUCAACUGCUUGACAACACCAACGCUUUACUGCCUCAAGGAUGGAUUACCGCUACAGGAGGAAUCAGCUAACCAUAUCUUAGAGAUACGCAGAAAUUCCGUUCACUUUUUCAAAGAUAAAGCAACGAAACAGGAUACUGGCGAAUAUUUGGUGGAAAUUUCAAAUCAAUUCGGAGAGGACACGAGGAGAAUAACCGUGCACGUAAAAGAUGUACCUAAUCCACCCGGUAACCUUACUGCGAAAAUUAUUGAUAGUAACAAAAUUUCCCUAAGCUGGCAUGGUCCUGAAUUAGGAUGGGAUGACGAAAAAAUUGUUGAGUAUGUGAUUGAGGCGAAGGAAGCAAAUCGGCGGAGAUUCCGUGAAAUUGCGAAGAUACCGGCUGCAAAAACGGAAUAUAUUUUGGACAAUCUUGAGAUGGGCACCUGUUAUACAGUGAGAGUGAAAGCUGUGAACGUAUUCGGAUCCAGUGAACCGUCUGAGAUAACAAAUAUUACUACUGGAAGUCUGCUUACGUUGCCGCGAAUUGCUGAACCUCCAGUCGUAAGUGAAAUCACAACGGACGGUUGCGUGCUGAGAUGGGCAAGGCCAGAAGACGACAGUGGAGGUUCACCUCUGCUUGGCUAUGAUGUCUUCCUCCGCAUCGACAGUGGUGAAUGGAAAAAAAUAAAUAAUGAAGUUGUUACCGGAGAAAGUUAUACGGUGAAAAAUCUUCAUCACAGUACCAAUUACGAAUUUAAAAUAGAAGUAUGUAAUGAAGCCGGGUUACGAUCUGAUUCAGGAGCAGUUUCGAAACCACUACGUCUGCCAGCUGCUUCUAAUCCACCGCUAACAACACCAUCGGUUCCACGAAUCACUGUUACUGGACCAGAUAGUGUCACACUGGAAUGGGACACUUCUGAUGAUGAUAGUGUGUCAACAACGUUCACCGUAGCAUACAAAUCGGAAAAUUCAUCCGUUUGGAAAGAGGUGAACUGUGACUCGACCUUCUGUAAAGUGGAUGGUCUUAAGGAAGAAGUUUCAUAUGUUUUUAAAGUGGCGCGGAGGAAUGAGUUUGGCGUGAGCAGCUUCUCGGAAAUAUCUCAACCCAUAAAAGUUGUCUGUGACAGUUCGCCAAGAAUUCUCAAAGCAAUUCAUGAUGUGGUAGUGCCGAGAAAGGAAACGUUACGCCUGGAAUGUCACGCCGCAGGUCAUCCUACUCCUGACUACGUAUGGUACAAGAAUGGAACUGAAAUCAUACCUCAAGAUGCUGGAACAGAGAUCGUUAAUGAAGGAGAUAAAACUGUGCUCAUAUUUCAUAACGUGAAUGAUACGGAUGGAGGCCUCUACACGUGUGAAGCUGAGAAUAAGCUCGGAAAAAUCAUAUCUGAGGCUGAAGUUACAGUUGGCGAUGUACGACAUCACUUUCAAUCCUCUUUUCCUGAAUAUAAUGAGGCUGAAAUUGGUGCUGACAUCAACCUAUCGUGUACAGUAUCGGAUGAAAGCGGAGCGGUGUUUUGGUACAAGGACGGAAGGAAAUUGAAGGAAGACGCACGCGUCAAAAUUUCUGUUGAUGGAGACCAGCGAAUCCUGCGUAUUCAGUCUAUACGAGCCACAGAUGGCGGAACGUACCGGUGCGAGACAUCUGAUAGAAGAAAUUGGACCGAAGGAGAGCUAGUAGUGAACGAUAAGAUGUCACACAUCAGCGUUGGACCGCAGGAUCAAAUAGUGAAGCAUUUUGGCGAUACCAUUAGACUUGUUUGUGAACUAUCAGAACCGUCUGACCGCCUUAAAUGGUUUAAAGACGGAAGAGAAAUAUGGCAGAAGCACGGGAAAUAUGAAAUCACGACUAGUGGAUGUAUGUCCACGCUAGAAAUCCUUGCUUUCGAAAAAAUUGACGCUGGGACGUAUCACGUAUCCGUUGAUGAACGUGAAAUGUCUGCACCGGCUCUUCUCAGCCUAGAAGUAGCUCCUGUAAUAAAAAUCCGUGAACAAAUUGAAGAAAGCAUCAGUCUGAAUGCUGGCGCUGCGCUUGACUUCCAUAUUGAAUAUUUAGGAUAUCCAGAACCUACUGUUACUAUUUUUCAUAACGAUAAGCUCAUCCAGGACACUAGAGCACUUGUGGAGCAUUAUGAAAAUGUUAUCAGAGUUUGUAUAAAAAAUUUGACAUUAGCGGAUCGUGGCGCCGUGAAAAUCGUCGCUGAGAACGCUAGUGGAAUCACUCGGAAUGAGUUCUACGUCAACAUUCUUGAUGUUCCAUCUGCGCCCACUAAUUUGUCUGCGAUCACAGUAACGACUAGUUCAACUACUUUAACAUGGAAAGAACCCGAGGAAACCAAUGGAUCUCCAGUGAUAAGAUUCAUCGUCCAGCGAAAAAAACUGGGAAGCACACGAUGGAGAACUGUGGGCAAAACAAAUCCGAAGACGUUUUGUUUCGAUGACCUUGAUGUAUUUCCUAAUCAGGAAUAUAUAUUCCGUGUCGUAGCCGUGAAUAAGGUUGGUGAGGGUCCAUCAAGUUUACCGGUGAACGUUUUGAUCCCCAGCGAUGAUGAGGAGGAGGUAACCGAAUCCUCGGAGACCUUAUCAGUCGAAAACACUGCUCUCGUAGCACCCACGUCGCUGGUUGCGGAAAAGAAUGGUGAUAACAUUUGUUUAUCGUGGAACUCUGUGCCUAUGGCUUCUUUCUAUAAGGUUGAGCGUUCCAACCCGCCAGGCAAUUGGCAUGAAAUUGCAGUUUUAGAGAAAACAGAAUAUUCGGACUGUUCUAUAAUGGAUAAUAGUCCGUACGCGUACCGUGUGACUGCUAUAGGAGCGAAUUCUUCAUCAACACCAAGCGAACCUACGCUUCCUAUAACUUUUGUGAAAGAAAGAAAUUCGGAUCCUCUGCGAUCGUCCGAGAACAUUUCUGGAGGAGCUGAUGUGAAAGAGGGUGAAGAAGAAAGCGACCCUUCGUUCAACGUAAAAGAAUUGAGUGAAAAUAAAAAUGGCGCUAACCAAUGUAAAUUUGCUCCGACCAACAAAAAACAAAAGAACGAAAAAACUGAGGAGAAACCUAGGGAGGAAAAAAAGGAGAGCAAACAAGUAAACGAAGAAAGUGAAGAGAAACAUGAAGAGGAGGAAAAGAAGGAGAAAAUAGCAACGAAGCAUUCCAACCCGGUAGAUGACAUUGUUAACACGAAGCAAAGACUAAAAAAACGAAAGCCAAACGUUCGCAAAGAAAAAUCUUCACCUCAACAAGAUUCCCAGACAAAUCCCCAGCAAGAAAAAAUUCAUCCAUCGUCAGCGACUGCAACAAAUGAAACUUUACCUCAAACUGAAACGAGUAUAGAUCCAACCAAAGCAGAAGAGGGAACAGAAUUGUUAGCCGGGGACAUGAAAUCCGUAUCCACGGCUAAGGAUAUUGAGGAUAUCGCAACUCCACACGAUUUUGUUCCCGCUGAUGGUAACGGCUUGAGAACUACUGAUGGUGUGGAAUGUACAUCUCUUAGUUUGAAAAACAUCAAAAAAUCAGGUUAUCCGAUUGUCAGCGUCGAAUCCAGCGAAGUGAAGGUCAAAGUAGGUCACCCAGCAAAAAUCGCUGUCACCGUUCAAAGCUCCACUGAUGUCCAGUGUUUGUGGAAGAAAGAUGGAUUGCUAAUAAAGAACGAUAAAUAUCACACAUUAUCGUAUAAGGAUGGAGUAGCUGAACUAUUCAUCAAGGAAGCCGAUGUGUCGAAUAGCGGAGUGUAUUCCAUGACAGCUGAAACUGGUCAAGGAAGCGAUACGGCUGAGGUUACGCUGUGUGUGAAGGGUGUACCGCAAUUGCCAUCCGACUCAUUUCGAGUAGCGGUAAUUGGAUCAUCCUGUAAGUUGUCAUGGAGCGCUCCCCAGGACGAUGAGAAGGAUCCAAUUGUUGGCUACGUUAUCGAGAAAUAUGAUGAAAAAAUAAAUGAAUGGAUGUUUUUGGCUCGUUCCCAGACAACAAACUUCAUAACAGAAAAACAGGAAUGCGGGUCUACUCAACGGUUUCGCAUUGCUGCUGAGAACACGAGUGGUGUUGGUCCUUUCGUUGAAUCUGAAAACAUCAGAAUUAGACCAGGAACUCUUGCUCUCGACCUGGAGAAACCUGAAGUGACACCUACCGGCGUUUCGAUUAUGGCGAAAUGGAAUCCUCUGCCGAUUGAUGGUGUCAAGUAUCUUGUCGAGAUUAAAGAGGCGAAAGCAAGGCGUCCAUGGACUGCAGUCACUUCUGUCGACGGUGAUUCGUACACAAUUACUGGUUUAACAUCUGGUGUAGACUAUACCGUAAGAGUAACUGCUAUAACGCCUGAUGCUCAAGGAUCUCCGUCAGAAGAAAGUGAUGUUGUCAAAUGCGGGAGAGCCAGAGAAAACGAACAACCAUCAUUCUUCCUAGUUCCCGAAAACACAACAGUUCUAAAAGGAGCAAAGAUGAAACUUCUGGCAGAGUUUAAAGGACACCCAUCUCCAGAAAUACGCUGGUUUAAGAACAGAAAAGAGAUUUUUUCUGGACAACGAAUAUGGAUCGAAACCAGUGCUGGUGUGUCGUCGCUGACCGUAAGUGAAAUGCGUGAAGACGAUGAAGGAGACUACACGAUAGUUCUAAGCAAUGCGGCCGGCACUACGGAGCACAAAUUCAAACUGCACAUGGAUGCUCUGCCAGAGAUCAACCGGCCGGAUCGAUAUACCUCAGUGCUCGUGUAUGAUGAGGGAGAAACGGUGAAGCUCCGCCUCUCAUUCUCAGUGUUAACUGACUGA